CAAAACCUCCUUUAACCCGGAAAAAGAAGCUGCGGACCUUUAACUGGGCAGGAAGCGUCCUCAUGUUACUGACAGUUACUCGCCAUGGCGCUCGAAGCAAAAUCAAGAAACAAACGAUACGAGAAACUGGAUUUCCUCGGAGAGGGUCAGUUCGCCACGGUGUACAAAGCCAGGGACAAAACCAAUGACACCAUAGUUGCCAUUAAAAAGAUUAAGGUUGGCCACAGGACUGAGGCUAAAGAUGGUAUUAACAGGACUGCUCUCCGAGAGAUCAAACUACUGCAGGAGCUGCAUCAUCCAAAUAUCAUCGGGCUCCUCGAUGCCUUUGGACACAAAUCUAACAUCAGCCUGGUGUUUGAUUUCAUGGAAACGGACCUGGAGGUGAUCAUCAAAGACACCAGCCUAGUUCUGACUCCAUCCAACAUCAAAGCCUACAUCCUAAUGACCCUGCAGGGAUUGGAGUAUAUGCACCAACACUGGGUCCUGCACAGGGAUCUGAAGCCCAACAAUCUGCUGUUAGAUGGCAGCGGAGUGUUGAAGUUGGCUGAUUUUGGUCUGGCCAAAGCAUUUGGCAGCCCCAACAGAGUCUACACACAUCAAGUUGUUACCAGGUGGUACCGCUCCCCUGAGCUCCUGUUUGGUGCCAGGAUGUACGGUGUGGGUGUCGACAUGUGGGCGGUGGGAUGCAUCUUGGCCGAGUUACUCCUUCGGAUACCAUUCCUCGCUGGAGACUCUGAUCUUGACCAGCUGACGAAGAUCUUUGAGGCUCUCGGGACGCCUACAGAAGAGACGUGGCCGGGAAUGAGUAGUCUACCGGAUUAUGUGUCCUUCAAAAUAUUUCCUGGCACACCGCUGGAACAUAUAUUUACUGCAGCUGGAGACGACUUGCUAGAGCUGCUGCAGAGCCUGUUCACCUUUAACCCCUUGACGAGGACCACAGCGACACAAGCUCUGAAGAUGCGGUACUUCAGUAAUCGACCCGGUCCCACUCUUGGCCCACAACUCCCCCGACCCAACUGUUCAGCCGAGGCCCUGAGGGAGAAGGAAACGAUCGGGCUCAAGAGGACAAUCGAGGGCCUGGAGACAACUGUUAUGAAGAAGAAGCUCAUCUUCUGAUGCGUCCUCAAAAAUCGGAUGAUCAUCUUCACACCAUUCUGGGGCUCCGCUUCCUGCAUUGCUCAGGAUCGUCCAGCGCAGAGACAAAAGGCUCCGAUGUGUUUGACUUUAGGACAUUUUAGAGGUAGAAGUUUGUCCCGCGGUGCUGCUGUCCGUUGCAGCCCGUCGAAUGAUGUACAACAGAGGUCAAUAGCGUCUGGUCCUCCUUCAUUGUAACAAUGAUGCAUAAGCUCUGGGAGCCUGUUGUAAUAUGUAUAUUUAUGUGACUGGAAAAAAAAAGAACCACCAAACAA